AUGCGCGCCCCCCUCGACUUCGGCGUGGACCUCAGAAGGGAUGAGCGGGAUGCGUUUCAGGACAAGCUGCACGGCUUCGUUGCCGCGCAUGAGAAGAUGCUUAUGGAGGUGGAGCAGACCUUCGACUCCCGCUGGGAUCCGGAGCUGUGGGACCCGCACAGCGACACCGUCGCGCUGCAGCUGGGCACGCCGGCGUCGCGGCAGCGCGAAGGCGCCACUUCCAUUGCCGACACGCUUGGUCGCACCCAGCUACACAACCGUCUCUUCUACCGCAUCACGCUUUGCUUUGCCAGCCUCGUCCUGGAGAUGGACUCCCUCGCCGAGGAGGCGUUCGCCGUGUUUAUCCCGCCCCUGGCGAUGUUUGGCGACGACAGUUGCCGCGACGAGGGCAUUCCCGACGAGGAGGCGCAGCAGGGCGCCGGUCGCAUGUUGGGGCUGCUGCAGGAACUCUGGGCCUGGGUGCGGCGCGUGCGGAGGGUGGUGCUGCAGACGGUGCGGCAGUUAGCCGCCCUCUACUCGCCGUUGCGCGAGCACGACAAUUACCGCCCCUUCACGCAGGUGCGCUUCCUGCGCGUUUGGCGCUCCCUCGCGGAUCUUUUUGCCGCCCUCGUGAGCGUGGAGGAGGUGCUGCAGACCCACGACACCCUGCGUCGCGGCCUCUCCGUCUACCGCAAGCUGCUCGCGCAGGCCGCCAAAAACCGUGACAAGUUUGACUACGAUGACAUGACGAUGGGGCUCUUCGGCCGGCUGUUGGAGAAGAUCGACCAGGACCUCCUCGACGACGGGGUACUGCAACGCCUGGUGAUGCAGGCGUACGACGUGCCAGAGGCGCAGGUGUCUGUGACCGCCAACAGGCGACUGUGCUUGGAGUUUACGGACCUCCUUGACCACCUUUUGGGCGCCGUGGAGGAAAACGUGGGGACCCCACGCGAGGGUCACGCGCGACGGCAAUACCUCGGCGUCCUUGGAUUGUACUACCUGCACCUCCACCUCUUCCCGGGGCUGACCAGUGAGACGACGCGGCGCGGCCUCUGCAGGCGGGUCUUCCAACUGCACCAUCGCAUGCCGGUUAUAUACCUGCACGGGGUCCAUCUGUUUCGCCCUGUCCUCUGGCUGUCGCGUCGUGUGCCGGGUGAGUUAAACCGGUACCUGCAGGAUCCAUCGAGGGAAGGAAUCGCUGCCAUCAAAAAGGCAUGUGAGCAAAGCGGUGCCGAGCUACUUCCUCAGUUGAAUCGCCUCACCACCUUGGUGAGCGCGUGGAUAGCCGAGAUGGAGACGACCCUCCCUGUGGAUCCCGCGCACCACAAGGCAUUCCUCCAUAGCACGACCCUGAUGCUGCAGCGGGGGAUACUGCUGGCGCAGCACAUUCAGCGACUACUCAUUAACCACAUCGCGCUACACAACUGUGCGGAUGUUGCCAUCUCCCUUCAGCAGGUGGACGGCCUCUCCCACGGGGUUGAGCUGCUCAUGAUGAUUCGGGCCGCCUUCCACGCAAAGACAGGGGUGGUGGCGUCCGCGUAUAAUCUUCUGGUGCGCUCCAUUGCGUAUGUGAUGGAGCGGCACCUCUACGAGCUGUAUCUGCGGCUGGGCGACUUUGUUCAGACGAGCUCAGAUGAGGUGAUGGAUCAGCACAGCGCGAUUCGGCAAGCCAUCGUCCUCCUGCACAGGCCGCAGACGGCGGAAAACCUGGUCUGCCUGGACCUCGUUCUUAGCACCGCGUUUAACCGGCGUCAGGUGGAGAGGGGCGCCUCGGCUAUCGUCACCCAAAAACACUGCGAGGAAAUUUUAAUCGCCUUUGCGCAACUCCAGCGGGUGACCUCGCUGCAGGGCGCCUUGCAUGCCGCGACGGACUGCGAUUUCCUCUACUGGCACCGGGAGACGUUUUACCCCAUCUUCUUUGAGCGGAUGUAUCAGCGACCGCUGCGGUCAGGCUACCUGCCGUAUCUGCUCAUGGCCAUGCAUGACUGCCGCCCCUCCAUCCUCGCCUCGAGGCACGUGGAGGACGCCGGCCCGCUGCUCGACGCGUACGUCGCCUACGUCAGGGGCUGCAUUCGGAGCCGUCUCAUUGACCCGCUUUGUAUCGACAUUGAGAACGACCUCCGGCUCUACACGCACUCUGUUGUUUUGGGGCAGCCAUUCCGCAGGGUUGAGGCGGGGGCGGCGUGCGACGUGGGGCGCUUCACGCGGCUGCCGCCGCUGCGCCUCUUCCACGACUGGCUCCACCUCGCCACCGAGGUGGAGCACUGCCUGGAUGCGCAGUUUUACAACCUCAACGCACUCAUGGCAAAUGACUGGAAGACGUACGAGGAGAUGCGAAAUCUGGCGCUGGUGCGCUACGGGCUGCGCCUAUGCGACGGCUACCUGCCCGGCAGCAUCGUCGAUCAGGGCUUAGACGUCCUCGUCAUCACGGAAAAUAUCCAGGUCUUCGUCGCCAACUACACGUACAACAUGAAUGAGCAACUCUUCGUGCAGCGGCCCUCGACGACGGAGUCGAAGCACCUUCACACGCUGCAUAUUCGCCAUAUAGCCAACUCGAUUCGAACCCACGGCACCGGUAUCAUGAACACCACCGUCAACUACGUCUACAAGUGUCUGCUGAAGAAGCUUGCGAUUCUUUCACAGUUCCUGUACGACGAGCACGUCAAGUCGCGGCUGAUCAAGGACGCAAAGUUCUUUGCCGCGCAUAAGGAGGAGCUUAACGGGGCGUACCCGCUUUCACGGGCGGAAAAGUUCAUUCGCGAGGUGCGCAAGUUGGGCGUCGCCGAGGAUGGACAACCGUUCCUGGAGAAGUUUCGCCACCUUGUCUCGGAGAUUGGCAACGCCCUUGGGUACAUGCGGAUGAUGCGCAGCGGCGGGCUGCGCGCCAUCGCGGACGCCGCCGCGUUCAUCCCCUUCAUUAACGGCGAUGUGCGUCUGGAACGCGUCAUCGACCCCGCGGCCAUCGGCAGCGACGACGAGGCAGAGGCAGAGGCAGAGGCAGAGGCUGCGGAAGACGUGUCCGCGGCGGCGCCGCCCUGCACCGUGGAGGCGGUUCGCGUCGUUGACAAAGUCGUUCACAACAUGCGGCGGAAGCUGUCGGACGGCUCCGAGUAUUUCCGUAUGCUCCUCGAGGCGGUGACGAAGCGGUUGAGGGAUGCAGAGAAGUACCACCACCUGCGGAACUUCCACAUGAUUGUCCCGUCCAUCUGCGUCCUGCACGUGGAGCUCAUGAUACGUGAGAAGGAGCAGCUGGUGAAGAAGAACAAGGAUGGCGUCUUCACCGACGACGGCCUUGCGCUUGGCUGCGCCUUCCUUCUGAAACUGUUUGGCCUCUCGGAGUUGUUUGAGUCGCUGCACUGGUUUGAGAGCGUGGGGAAGCACUACGCAGCCCGUCUCCGGGAAAUGCAGGAGGGGAUUGCGGAACGCAGCCAGGAGGCGAGGAGGCGAGGCAGGUCGCAGGGAAUCGAGGCCGCCCACGAGGAUGAGGCAAUCAACAACAUGCAUCUCACCGCCACCAUGGUGGACUACGCCAUCCGUGAGCACACCGCCCUGAAGGAGGCAUUUGUAUCGAGCAGAGUUUUUUUUCACUCAGCCGUCCCAGGCGGCGAGGACGAAGAGGCAGAAGAGGAGGAAGAAAAUUGA